CAGCUGCAGCAGGACGGCCGGCCGGCGGUCGGGGCGGCGCGCCGGGAACCUCGCGGGGCGGGCAGGCGCCGCACCCCAGCCUGGCCGCCUGCGCCCCCCGCGCGCGCCGGGACCAGCAGCAUGAGCAGCGGCUACAGCAGCCUGGAGGAGGACGCCGAAGACUUCUUCUUCACCGCCAGGACCUCCUUCUUCCGGAGGGCGCCCCAGGGCAAGCCCCGCGCCGGCCAGCAAGAUGUGGAGAAAGAGAAGGAAACCCACAAUUACCUCAGCACAGAGGAGAUCAAAGAGAAGGUUCAUAAGUACAACUUAGCAGUCACAGACAAGUUGAAGAUGACCUUGAACUCAAAUGGGAUUUACACUGGCUUCAUUAAAGUACAGAUGGAACUCUGCAAACCCCCGCAGACGUCUCCGAACCCUGGAAAGCUCGCUCCCGGGAGCAAUGGCUGUAUGAACACACUUCACAUUAGCAGCACAAACACUGUGGGGGAGGUGAUCGAGGCCCUGCUCAAGAAGUUCCUCAUGACCGAGAGCCCUGCUAAGUUUGCACUUUAUAAGCGUUGUCAUAGGGAAGAUCAAGUCUACGCCUGCAAGCUCUCGGACCGGGAACAUCCCCUCCAUCUGCGUUUGGUAGCAGGGCCCAGAACAGACACCCUUAGUUUUGUUCUUCGUGAACAUGACAUUGGAGAGUGGGAAGCCUUCAGCCUUCCAGAACUACAGAAUUUCUUGCGUAUCCUGGACAAGGAGGAAGACGAGCAGCUGCAGAACCUGAGGAAGCGCUACGCGGCCUACCGGAACAAGCUAGAAGAAGCCCUCGGCGAGGUGUGGAAGCCCGGUUAAGGCGCGGGCUCCGGCUCGCUCGGCCGCCGCGGGACCUGUGUGCGGACCAGCAGCAGCUGUCUCUGCUCGGAGGGCUGUGUUCCGGCCCUGUGAUGCUAGGGUCUUCCCCUUUGAUCUCUAGAUUUAGUUCCCAGACCUGGCCACACAGCAUCCUGCCCCUUAGGCAUCCUCUGUAAGGGAUUCUGCAAGCUUGUUCUGUUCCAUCACUGCGGUGUUACCUCUUGGCAAGCUGUGAACCUGUUCUUAUCUGGAGCAUUCUAGAGUGCUUUGAAGCAUGGACUCUGGGUUGUUGUUUUUUCUUAUUUUCUUUUAGUUAUUUUAAUUAUGUGAUGUUGAUGUUAAGCUUAAGGGUGUGCAAACGACUUUUUAAAAGCUUAACGAGGAAUCUAUCUGAAUACUUGUCCUAUGUUGAAACUACCUGUUUGUUUUUUGAUUUUUUUUUUUUUUUAAAUGUCAGGGGAAACGGUCCAUGUGAAUUGAAAGUCACAGGAAGCUAGAACGCUGAGGAAUUGGGGAAGGAGUUUGGAGGAGUUUGACCAAGAAAGUAAAGAGCAAGUUUGGAAGAAGGCGCGAGUGGAGGUGGGGCGCUCCGAGGGAGGGUGUUUUGGGUGAUGCGUUGACGGUGAAGGAUGAAGGUGUAUUUGCUUGUCAGCGACUUAAAAAGUAACCAGUUCUGAGAUGUCAAACCCUCUCAGUAGUGCUUGACUUCCUGGUAAGUAAAAGGUGGGAACAGAACCAAAGAAAGUAGGACCUAGACCAAAAGGAGGGCUAACCCAGCGGCUGACCCAGAGCCCGGCGGAGCACUCGGGCCGGGGUCCGCGGAGCCAGCAGACAGGCCCUGGCGGCUGGAGCUGCCCCCGGGACUGCCCGGACCCUGCUGCUCAGAGCGGGGGCUCACGGGGCACCUUCUCUGGGCAGGUGAGCAGUGGCCGCGCGCUGACUCCUGUGAAGCUACGGUUUCUCCCUGGGUGAUUUUCAAAGCUGAAAGGAGUUUGGGUGGGGCAGCUGGCUCCCCGAUGGCUCGUGGGGAGAUGCGCCACAUCCGAGCGCACAGCACACUUCCUGACAGUCACAUCGAGGCUCCCUCCUCUCCUUCCCCUCCCUUUGUCCUCCCCCCUCCCUCCUUCCCCCUUUCUCUUAUUCAGUGAAGGCUUCUUCCCUAAUGUAGAGCAGGGAUGCGGAUGAAAGACCAGGUCCUGUGGGCAGCUAGACAGGGAGGGCAGUCCACCCCCGCUGGCCGCUCGAGGGCUGCCUUGUGGAAACGCUUUAACAGAAGUGCAUGUUCCUCCCAACCAAAGAAACGCGUGUGCAAUAGGAGCCUUCCGGAGGCGGGUGAGAAACUCAUGGUGUGCAGCAGGCAGUCUGAGAACAGCGGGAAAGGGUGCUGUGCUGCUGGAGGGCCUCGGUCUCUGUUUAGCCUAGGAUAUUUUUUGUUUGUUUAUAAAUUCCCAAGGAAUUGUUAACACUUUGGUGACACCUAAUGGAUUCUUUUUGAAACUCCGAGGUGCUUCAGGGCUUUGCCUAAGUGAACUGUGCCUUUUAUUGCAUUUCUGUCUCCUCUUUGUGGCCCUUGGGACACUUCAGAGAAGACCCAUCUGGUGGGAGGCAGGUGGGAGUGUCGGUUUCGCUGUGCCACACACAUUACUGAGACAAUCAUAUCUUCUGAACUUUUUAAGGAAAGUUGGAAAAAAAAAAAGUAGAGCUAGCUAUAAAAUAUGUAUGGCACAUCUUGUUUAAUUUUGCAUGUACCUUCUUUUUAGUUCAUUGAUGAGGUUUAGUGACAUUGUCAUCCAACACUUUACCUUUAUUGUUCAGGGAAUGCCUUCCUGACUUUAUACUGGUUUUACUAUCCAGACUGUGGCUUGGGUUUGAGUAUACUGUUAUCAACCACCUGGUCUCUGAAUUACCCAUCCCGGGAAGCUUAUAUUUUUUGAAGCAUUUGUUUCUCAGAUCAAGACACUGUUAGAACCUAAAGUAGGAGCUGAUGGGUAUCUGUGAAUUUUUUUUUUUUUUUUUACUUGAAGUAGAUUGUCUAAAAUAGGCAUCCUCAUCUGUGUUAUCCAGAACCUCGCUCACUGUUGUGUGCACUACAAGUUGCAAUUUGGAAACCUUGCUGUAUUGAAAUUCUGUCAGUACAGACCAACGUUCUCUCCCAAACACUGGUUACUGCGGCAGCGUUUUUAAUGUGUAAAAGAAGAAAGGCCACAAAGGCCGAAGAUUUUUAAAAAUCAUUGUACAAAUUCUUAUGAUAAAUUAAGCUUUGCUGUAAUACUGUUUUCUCUUCAGUAUGUGAUGGUACAGGAACGAUGUUAAAUGAAGGGGUGGUAUUGCAGGGGAGCAUUUUAAAUCGCAGAAGUAAAAAGUUAUAAUAUUUAUAAUUUCGAUGAGUUUAAGUUUAUUUUUAUAGGGAAGAUUUUUCUUCCCUAAAAUUGUUUCUGGAAUGGCAAAUUGUUUCCAUUAUUAAAAGUUGAAGUUGUUAGUGGA